GCACACCACUGGUGGUAGUGUCAGCACUUUCUCGUGUGUGUGUCUGAGGGAGAGGAGGAGAGAGUGAGUUGGAAUAGUCUGACUCCUCUCACUGACAGACAUCUUAUCCUUCAUAACUCUUCUGAUGUUAGAGCAAAAUGUACUGUGCUUUUCUACUCAGUCUUUCUUCCUUUGACUAACACCAUAUUUCUCUGUGUGUGUGUGCUUGCAUCUGCAUGUAUUCCUUUCUGUGUGUGUGUUUAUAUAGUGAUCCCCUCAACAGACAAGUACAUGCAUGUCUCCCAGCUCUUCAUGUUGUUAUGACCUGAUGUCACCUGAUCUCCUAACGCAAUUGGUCCGUCCUGUGUUUCAGAUCUGCUGCCUCCAGUCGGGCGAACAAAGGAGGGGAGAAGAGGCUGAUCCUUCCCACAAUCCUUCAGUCACUGGGCCUACUGAUCCGGACCACUGCUCUGCCUUCUCACUCCCCUCUCCCCCCCACCUUAAGGCAGGCAAGCUGUGGGGCAGUAGGAUCAGGGCAGCAGUAAGGGCUGAUUGAUGCUCUGUGGGGAUGAGACCUGGCUGCUGAAGGCCAGUGGAGACGGCUCCCAUUCUCCGCUCGCCUGGCUUUAUGUGCGUGUCUGCAGGCUGCCCUACGUGCAGCAGCAGCAGAGCCACCCCCCACGUCAGCCACGGUGGCCACCCCGAGCCAUCCAGACAUGCCCACCGAGACCCCGCCGUCGCUGGCAGAUAGCAAACCCACCGGCCCUGGGGCGGCCUUUGUCUCCGCUGUCCCCCUGCGCAUACUCAACAAGGGACCCGAGUACUUCCGGCGCCAGGUGGAGACCAACCCUAAGCGGCUGAGCGCCGUGGAGCGGUUGGAGGCGGACAAGUCCAAGUACGUGAAGAGCCAGGAGGUCAUCAACGCCAAGCAGGAGCCUGUCAAGCCCCAGCUGCUGGCCAAGCCACCUGUCUGCCCUGCCGUGGCCAAGAGAGGGGCGAAUGGUGGCGGUUGUGGUGGGGUGGCCCUCAAGACAUUCAAUAAUAACUCCAAGUCGGACACGUGCGCCACCACCAGCAAACGGGAGAACCUUAACCUGGAGAUCCUCAAGAACCUCCUGAACAGCUCCGGCUCGGUCUCUGAGGGCCACGCUAAGAGCGCUACUCUAAAACCUGGGGCCAGGAGCUUGGCCCCCCACCGCUCCACCCCCACACCCACCACAGACUGCACUGAGCCCACCAGCCUCCGUUCCGUCGCCAAGUCCCUCAAGGUGCCUCCGCCUGCACCUGGCCGACAGAGCCCCCACGGGGGGAACCUGAACCUCAGCCGCCGGCUGCUGGAGGAGCGGGGCGAGGGCAAUCACUCACCCCUCCAUGCCUCCCACAGCUCCUCCGACAUCCGCAGGCUGUGCAACGGUAAGCCUCUAAGGGCGGCCCGAAGCAGCAGCAGCUCCGCACCUCCCUUACCCCCCAAGCCCAGUACCAAAGUCCUGGCCCCCCUCUGCGACAAUGCCCCUCAGUCCCCUGAGAGGGAGCCUCCACCACCCUCCUCUGCCACCCCAGAUGAGCAGUUGGAGCUAGAGUUGGGGAGCUCGUUGGCCCGCCGGCCCUCUCUGCACCGCUCCAAGUCGGACCUGAGCGACCGGUAUGCGCGGGCAGGCGCCGACGUGGAACGCUUCUUUAACUACUGUGGGCUGGACCCUGAGGAGCUGGAGAGCGUGGGCGUGGAGAGCUUUGCCCGCGCCAACUCCGACAUAAUCUCCCUCAACUUCCGCAGCGCUAGCAUGAUCAGCUCGGACUGUGACCAAUCACGGCAUAGCAACGAGGACAUGACGGACGAGGAGGAAGACGUGAGCGAACGCGUGCCGUACGGAAUCUCGGCCGUGGAACGAAACGCCCGCGUCAUCAAAUGGCUGUACAGCAUCAAACAGGCGCGCGAGUCGCAGAAAGUGUCUCAUGUCUAAAAGAGAAGGAAGAAACAAACUAUUAGAUGGUCCUUGCAACAAAACAAAAAAAGACUUCCGAUGGAAUGAAGGUCUUUGGACACUCUGAAUCUCUGAAUGUCAAAGUAUUGACUGGCAAGACGCCCUUGGAUGGAUCUUGCGGUCGCUAUUGCGUUCAGUGUUAGUUGUCCUCUGAAUCUGCAUGGCUCCUCCCACCCACCCGUCACUGCGGCCUCCAGCUAAAGCAACAGGUUUAGGAAAAUAUUGCCUUUUUCAAGAUGGCAGCAGUUCAGUUCCGUCUCUUCGAGCAGCACAGCUCUCUCUCAUUGUUAUGCUUUCUGUCUGUUUAGACCAGCACAAUGAUGCCAGCUCUUUUUAGAUGUCUUCUUAAUGUCCUUUCUUUCUGAACAACACUGAGCCUGGAAGCCAUACGGGUGUGAAUGCAGCGCUUCAGUGUGUAACCAGUCUUUAGUCUGAUAAUUCUGAGCUUUGAGUGUCUAUAGAAAAAAACUUCCUUGAAAAAAGGGCUGUGAAAGCAUGGUACAGUCCAAACCUGCUUCACCCCUUUGGUACCAGGGGAGUUUGUUUGGUACAUUCCAGACCCUGCCCCCUUCCCGGGGAAACCCCAUAUUUAUCCCCUUUUUCAGUGUUACUAUGGUGAUAGCAUUCAGGCAGCAUCAUGAAAUCAUUCAGCAUUAUGUGGUUUUUGCUUCUGUUUAGUUUGUUGUCCAUAACAUUCUCAUUGGCAGUUUGAUUUUGUGGUACUUGCUUUUUUUAAAGAUCUGUGUAAAUGCUGGAAGAAAAUGUAUAUAAUUUCAAAACUGUUAGAUGUUUGUCAGAGGGCGCCUGUUAAGCUAACUUACUACAUUGUUCAGUCUUCUCUCUUGGCUUGACUGUGAGACUGCGUCAAACCCAGUUCAUGAUCAAAUUUUUUACGACGUUAUGAUGACAUACACUACCGUUCAAAAGUUUGGGGUCACUUAGAAAUGUCCUGGUUUUUGAAAGAAAAGCUUCUUUUUUUUGUACAUUAAAAUAACAUAAAAUUGAUCAGAAAUACAGUGUAGACAUGGUUAAUGUUGUAAAUUACUAUUGUAGCUGGAAACGGCUGAUUGUUAAUGGAAUAUCUACAUAGGCCCAUUAUCAGCAACCAUCACUCCUGUGUUCCAAUGGCACGUUGUGUUAGCUAAUCCAUAUCUCAGACUGGCCAAUAAAAAUAAAAGAUUAAGAUGGACAAAAGAACACAGACACUGGACAGAGGAAUUCUGCCUAGAUGACCAGCAUCCCGGAGUCGCCUCUUCGCUGUUGACGUUGAGACUGGUCUUUUGCAGGUACUAUUUGAUGAAGCUGCCAGUUGAGGACUUUUGAGGCGUCUGUUUCUCAAACUAGACACUAAUGUACUUGUCCUCUUGCUCAGUUGUGCACCGGGGCCUCCCACUCUUUUUAUUCUGAUUAGAGCCCGUUUGUGCUGUUCUGUGAAGGGAGUAGUACACAGCAUUGUACCAGAUCUUCAGUUUCUUGGCAAUUUCUCGCAUGAAAUAGCCUUAAUUUCUCAGAACAAGAAUAGACUGAUGAGUUUCAGAAGAAAGUUCUUUGUUUCUGGCCAUUUUGAGCCUGUAAUCAAACCCACAAGUGCUGAUGCUCCAGAUACUCAACUAGUCUAAAGAAGGACCGUUUUAAUGCUUCUUUAAAUUAACACAACAGUUUUCAAAGGAGUUUUCUAGUGAUCAAUUAGCCUUUUUAAAAUGAUAACCUUGGAUUAGCUAAGACAACGUGCCAUUGGAACACAGGAGUGAUGGUUGCUGAUAAUGGGCCUCUGUACGUCUAUGUAGAUAUUACAUUAAAUAAAAAAUCAGCCUUUUCCAGCUACAAUAGUCAUUUACAACAUUAACAAUGUCUACACUGUAUUUCUGAUCAAUUUGAUGUUAUUUUAAUGGACAAGUGACCCCAAACUUUUGAAAGGUAGUGUACAUGUUCAGUAUAUUGGAGUCGGAAUUGUUUUGGUACUCAGUACUUCAAAAUGAAGGCAAUGAAUUGUGUUCACUUUCAUUUAUUUUGCAUUAUUUCAAUAAAUGGCUUGUUUUGCCGUCUACUU